CGUGGAGACGCGGCGGCUGACUGACUGCGGACAAAGCCGCUGGCCCCGCUGUGAACUGAACCGACCUUCUGCAGAGAAAAGGGGGCAUUAAAAGGAAAAAGGAAGUCGAGGCUGCUGGAGGGAAGAUGACGGUCCUGUUCAGGACGCUCAAGAGCUGCUUAGCUCUGCCGCGUGUAGCCUGGGCGUUUCCUCGCGCUGCUGGGCGCGCCCUUCGUUCCUGGGGUUUUCCCGAGGGACUUGAGGCCUCAAAAAUGGAACUUGACAUCCAGUGCCAAGAAUUUGAUGCAUCAAAAUGGAAAGAGCUUGUUUCAACCCUGAACCAACACAAAACAAUUAGAUUGGAUGACUGCGGUCUGGGAGUUAGUCACUGUGAAGAUCUUUCUUCUCUUCUAAGUACCAGCCAAGCACUGACUGAACUGAAUCUAAGCAACAAUGAACUGGGAGACUCUGGUGUAGAUGUGCUAUGCAAAGGAUUGUUAAACCCCAAUUGCAAUCUUCAAAAACUCUGGUUACGGAACUGCAACCUAACCAAAGCUUGCUGUGAGAAUCUUCGUUCUGUACUUAAAAGCAAAUCAUCUCUGACAGAACUACACCUGGGAGACAACAGUUUGGGCACAUUAGGUGGGAAAGCAUUGUGCCAAGGACUUAUGGAUCCAAACUGUCAGCUGCAGUCACUUCAGCUACAAUAUUGUGAACUCACAAAGGAGAACAUAGAAGCUCUCAGCUCUGUACUGCUUACCAAAUCGUCCCUGCAGACACUCAACCUGAGCAACAACAAACUAGGAGAUGCAGCAGUGAAACAUCUCUGCCAAGCCUUAUUGGAUGGCCCUUGUAACCUGCAAUCCCUACAACUGGAAAGCUGUGACAUCACACAUGCUAGUUGUAAGGACCUCAGUGCUGUCCUCAGUAAUAAGCCAUCCUUGAUAGAAUUCUGCAUAGGGGAAAACAGGAUUGGUGAUGCAGGUAUAGCCAUCCUUUGCCAAGGCGUCCAAAAUCCAAACUGCAAAAUAGAGAAGCUGUGGUUGUGGGAAUGCAAUAUCACUGCUCCUGGUUGUAAGGAACUCGCCAAAGUCAUUGGAACCAAAGAGACACUCAAGGAGAUAAGCCUGCUGGGAAAUGCUCUGACAGAUGAAGGAAUGGAGUUCUUAUGUCAAGGACUGAAGGAUCCAAAAACAAAGCUUGAGUCUCUAUGGUUAAGAGAUUGUGACUUGACUGCAGCCUGCUGCAAGAGUAUUAGCUCUGCUUUGAGUGUGAACAGUGUCCUAAAAGAGCUGCAAAUGAGUGGCAACUGCAUUGGUGAUGAAGGAGUGAUUGACAUCUGUGAAGGUGUGAGGAGUCCAAACUGCAAACUUGAAUCCCUCUGGCUGGGGCAGUCGAGUCUUACUGCGGUUUGCUGUGAAGCACUUGCCAAAGUUAUAGUUGAAAAACCAUCUCUACUGGAACUGGAUGUGAGUUACAGCCACAUAGGGGAUGAGGGUGUGUUUAAGCUGUGUGAAGCAGUGAAAAAUCCAAACUGUAACCUGAAAUAUCUAAUCUUGUAUGACACUUACUGGACUUCUCAAGCAGAUAAGGAGCUGAAGGCUCUGGAAGGGCUGAAGCCUGAAUUUCAAGUGGUUACAUGAGUGGUGCAGUUUUGCUGGGGCCACUUCUGCUGUCUUGUCUUCUCUUGACCUUCUUUCUGUAAACCAAGUUAGCAGCCCAAUGAUGGAUGUUUUGAUUCCAGAGUCACGGGCAUGAUGUGAUGUACCAAGAAAUUCCAUUCCACAUUAGGGAUAUGAUGAAAUGGUGAGGAUGUAAAAUCAUGUUGAUGGGCUUUCCACCAUUUGGAAAAUAAAAGAAAAGAGUAGAACAAAGUAAAACAAAUCUCUUGCCAACUGUCAUAAAGCAAUAAUGUAGAUAGCGUAAGAGACUAUUCGAUAAGAUUAAUUGGCAAUAAUACUCACUUUGAUUGUCAACAUAAUAAUAACACAGUAUGUGUUUUCCUUAAGUGCAGUUGUUUCAUAUUUUCUGCUCAAAGUACAAGUGAUCUUCAUCUCUCUCAGCCUAUGUAGCUUUAUUAAAAAAUAAAGUUUGCUUGUAAAGAUAUA